AUGCCUCCUGGAAGCUCCCUGACCAUCAUAGCCUCGGUUGCCGGUCACCUGCUCUCUCCCAACCCGGGCUUGGAGACUCCUCUGGCAACAGCCCCGACAGCUUCCCUCAUCACGCACCACGAACUGGACCACGAUAUGGACUCUAGCCACGCUUAUGGUGUGUCGAAGCUUGGUUGCAUCGUCCGUGCUCAGUACAAGGCUGCUGAGUGGGGACACAAAGGAGUGCGAAUCAACACCGUUAGCCCCGGGGCCAUCGAGACGCCUAUGCUUGGUCAAGUUCUGCAAUCGGAGCAGGGACCCUUUGCGCAAAGCAUGAUCAACAAUACUCCGCUUGGCAGGACGGGGACGUCUGAUGAGAUCGCCAGGAUCGUUGCGUUUCUGGCCGGGCCGGGCGCGGGGUUUAUCACUGGAGCGGACCUAGUCAUCGAUGGUGGCGCCUUGUCGGCACAUCGAUGGCUUGGAGCCGUCGCGGAAUCGAAGCACGUGGUUCCAUCAUCAGAUGGACACGAGUGA